AUGUCCCAUUCUCAAUCCCACUCUGCACCCAGCCAAGGCGAUCUAGAUGUUCUCGCUCUUCUUACAUCCGAUUCUACCAACCUCGGACCUUUGCCUCCGCAGGGCCAACAAGGGCAAAGAAACAAGAAGGCUCUGCCAAAAAGGGAUAGUCCGAUGGAUGCGCUCAUGAUCAGCGCGGUGAUAGCGGGAAGUGAGAAGAUAAGUAGACAUCAUUUUGGACAUGGAGCGAUACCUCGAACAGGUACAUACGCAUCAUGCGACGAGUCCCGCCCAUCGUCUCCUUCACCUCAUUCAGCGAAAUUCACCAUGCGUUCGAGCCAGGCGCCGAGAAGUGAAAGAUUGCGUUUGGAAGCUGAGGCAAAAGCAAAAACUCAAGAUCAACAAGGAUCUUCAUCGAAUACAAUUCCAAUGACCUCAAAGCCUAAAAGGAAGAUGUCUAUUGAUCCCGUCCCGAUUUCUCAGACAUUACAAUUAUCUUCAUCUCCCUCAUCUUCAUCACACUCUUUCAAUUACUUCCAUCCUACUCCAUCCCAUUCCUCUUUCGCAGCAGCAAGCGCUACAAAAAGCGGUCGAGCAAAAGUACGUUGUAUGGCACGUACUCGUAUACCCACCCCUCAUGGCGAACUAUUCCUUCACUUGUAUCAUAAUAGUCAAGAUACAAAGGAACAUCUGGCCAUCGUCAUCGAUCCUAUACAACUUGAUGACAAAGCCCGCAAGGCAGCACCAAAGGGGAGAAAGGAGAUAAGGAGUAAAUCGUUGGACGCUGUGUGGAGAGAGGGCGAAACUGAGAUGGAAAGGAUAGUAAGAGGUGCAUAUUCAGGAAGACUCUCACCUGGUCAAACUACCUCUAGUCAAACUACCGAUAACUCGAUUGAUGAUGUAGAAAUGGGAAUCUCCGAACAAUUGGAUGAAUUGCCAAUUCAAGACCAAGAUGUUAAACCGUUAGUCAGGAUUCACUCUGAAUGUUACACGGGCGAAACGAUAGGUUCGAUGCGAUGUGAUUGUGGUGAACAGCUUGAUGAGGCAUUACGUCAGAUUGCUUUGCCCCAGCAGCUCAAAUCUCAAAUAUCGAAUCAGUUCCAUCAACAUGCCCACGGAAAUGGGAUAUUACCUACACCUGAUCCUUCAAGAGGAUCAUCCCCCUCCGUUGGAGAAAGGGGCAGGGCUGUUCCAGGAAGGGGAGUAGUGAUUUACCUCCGACAGGAAGGUCGAGGUAUAGGCCUCUUGGAAAAAAUCAGAGCGUAUAACUUGCAAGAUCUGGGAAAUGACACUGUCACGGCGAACUUGAUGUUGGGUCAUGGAGCUGAUGAAAGGAAAUAUGAUGUCGCUGCUGAGAUCUUACGUGAUUUGGACCUAGCGGAAGAAGGGAUACGAUUGUUGACUAAUAAUCCAGAGAAAGUCGAGGGAUUGUCAAAAGAGGGUAUAAGGAUUGUUGAGAGGGUGGGGAUGAUACCGAGAGAUUGGAAGUGUCAUACUCAGAACGAAAAUGAUGAAAAGGAAUACAAGGAGUAUAGAGAAAGAAGAGCUGGAGUGGGAUUGAUUGGGUCGGGAGCUGCAAAAGGACCGGAGUUGGAGAAGUACUUGAGAACCAAAGUGGAGAGAAUGGGUCAUAUGAUUGAUAUACCGGAGAACCUACAGUGA